AUGAAGCUCCUCGUGCUCGCGUUUAUAAUCCCCCUGGCGCUGGGUCUGACAUUUCAAGAAGACGACCUGGUGUUUGACGACGUGAGCGAUGAUUCUCAGCCUAUAUCGUCAGUGUCACCUUUAAUUAACCAGCCAUCCGAGCCUCAUCAACCUCAGCCUCCUCAAUCACAAUCUCACCCCUCAACGGGCUCGAAAAUAAUCGAGAGCACCAGCCAGAGCCCCUUUCCAGAGGCUAAUGUAACCACCACCGUUGGGCAUGUUUUCAGAUUCAAAGUACCAAAGCACGCCUUCGGUGGGAGCGUAAAUCACUACGAGAUACGGAGCAGUAACAACAAGCCGUUGCCUCACUGGCUGUUUUACGAUGAGGCAACGACCACUCUGCUGGGUGUGCCCGCUAAAAAAGAUGUAGGCCAGCAUCAUUUAUCCAUAAAGGCUUAUUAUACGUACGGAGAUGUCGUUGAGAGUUUAUUUACCGUCAAGGUCCUUCCGGAAAAGACUGAUGAACAUGGUAUUACGGCAAAAAAAGAUAUCAAAAACGACGUUAUAUACGUACAUAUAUCUCGAAGAAUUCUGUUAACAUUUCAAAGUGAUCGGACCAAUAUAACUAUACUAUUCUACAAUGUUUAUGUGGAUGUUCGAGGUGAAGAAAAUCAAAUCUUUAAAAAGGCUGAAGGGAUUUUGUAUGGUACCGGAUAUCGCUGA